AGUACAGUGGGUUAAUAUAUUCCCUAAGCUGUUUCUUUCAGGCACCACUGUUUUCAAAUUUUAAAGGUUUUACUCCUCCAGCUUGAUUAGCUGACACUCAUCGUUCGUACUUUCAAGUUUAACCCUUAGACUUAAUAAACGUAAAGGUAAAGUCUAUGAUUUAACGAGUACAUUUGAGGCGACGACAUAUCGGCGAAGCAUUGCCGGAAGACUAAAUACAGGGAAGUAAAAACCCAGCUUCCAUCUUUUCCCCGCCUACACUUUAUUAUUCCUACAGCUUCCGUGGGCAAGCUUGGAUAUGGCGGCAAAGGAAACUGUAAAUACUCCUAAAAACGAAGUUGAAUUUAUUAUCAACCGCUGGUUGGUGGACUACUAUUAUUGUUGUUUAUUAGAAGUGUUUAAAAAGGACCACUACGAUGACUUCUGUGACAUUAGAGGUGUUGUUGAAAGUGUGUUGGCCCGUCCUGUGCAGUCCACUGAUGUCAUGCCAACAAAGUUCAAAGUAUUGCAGUUUCUCUCCCGGAUAAAUGAAGGCGAAAAACUUGACUUGACAUUUGAGUUGGACCAGUCAAUAACUCCUCUGGAAUCAGCCUUAGCCAUUCUGGAACUCAUGAGCAGUGAAAACCUUAUUUCACCGCAGGAUUUCCAGAAGGUCAGCACUUCACUGAAAGAGAUGCUUGUUGGGAUUCUCAUUAAAAACAAAGAGUUUGACAAAGCAAAAGAGGUGCUGAACAAACACUUCCCCGAGAAAAUGGUUGGCAAGAAAGCUAUAUUCACAGGCCUUGUCAGGCAGAAGAGUACAAGACAUGAAGUCAUCGAGAAAAUCAACUACCAACAGUUCAAGCAGGAGAUGGUGGCCUUUUGUGAGAGGCUUUGUCCAGUCGGCGUUCCCUUUCUCCACCAGGCUGCAAAAAGGCUUCUUGGUGAAAGAAAAGAAAAGGAAGAUGGCAAGGCAGCCGAAGCUGUUGAGCAAGAGGAACCUGGCCCAUCCUCUCAGCUUCCUUUGAACAUCACCCAUUUCAUACCAUGUAAACAUUCAGUUAUAAUAAGGACCAGGCUGGAGGCAGCUUACAUAGCUUUGUCUCAUGAUUCAGAUGAGAGACCAUUCGUUCAGCUGGAGGUAGAAUUGGAGAGAGAGGAACAGGGGAAAAAAAGGGACUCUCAUUCCCUCCACUGCUCACUUGCUCCAGAGAACAGCACCAAUCAGGACUCAGAGCAGGAACUGAUAUUUCAGAGGGACUCAGGCAGCCCCAUGGAGGCGUCCCCAGCAGAGCAAACUCCGCAGACAGACGCUGUUCUACAAGAACAGGCAGGUUCACUCUCAAAGACACCAGCGGUGAAGAGGACCAGACGGCCCCCUUACAAUCUGGCACGUCUAGUGGUGGAGCCGGACAGCCAGGGGAGCUCGCAGAGCACGCCAGCUCUUCAAGAUCAGCUGGCUGAUUUAAGAACAGAAGAGCGGCCGCAGUCAGCAGCUAAAGCCAAGGAAAAAAAUUGGAACAGAGCCGCAACAAGUUUGGCCGAGUUGUCAGCGGAAAUUGAGAAUGACUCGUCUGACGAACUCCAUGAAGAGACAAACAGAUCACUGACAAACUCUAACAAGUCAAAGAGGAUAUCAUCAGACUCUACUGAAGACCCACAGGAAUCAUCGUCACCCUGUAAAACACCUCGUAAACGACUGGCCAGGGAUCCUCUCAACAAGCAAGUCCAAAUAAAACACUCAUUUGAUGUCAAUAUGUUUAUGAAUUUGACAUUUCUUAACUUCAUGUUGUUUUUAUGCAGAGAUCAAGCAAAUGCAAGUGACAUGAUGACAGACUCUUCACUGGACAGCUCACCCAUGCGGUUUCCUCUUCGCCCCGUCCCUCGAACGAGCUCCACCCCUCAGAUGAAAGAUGAAGGUUCUUCACAUUCAAAAUGGAAAAAGCUUUACAAUAAUGCAAAGGAGAGUAGGGAUACAUGGAGCGAUGAGGAGACAUAUUUCAGCAGCCGAAAGAACAGCAAAACACAAGAUGAGAGCAAUGAUUCAAACACAGGCCAGAAGAGGAAGAUGUGGACCGAGGCUGAGACAGUCAAGUUAAGAAAAGGGGUCAAAAAAUUUGGAGAGGGAAACUGGAGUAAGAUCAAAGAUUACUACUCUUUCAACUAUCGAACAAAUGUCCAGCUCAAGGACAGAUGGAGAACAAUGAAGAAGUUAAAGCUUGUUUGAGAGGUUCAAGUGAGAGAACAAGGUUUCCUCACAGACUUUAUAAACCUUACAAAAAUAUUUCUUUUUGGAAUCAAUUUUUUCCCUCAAGUUUGAUAAAUGUGAACGGUUUCAUGUGCGGGAUUGUUUGUCCCUUUGUUGUAAUAAAAACUACAAAGGUG